AUGCAAGUCAGAAAUAUUCAGAACAUAGCACCGAGUCUAACUGACAAGAGUAUAAAGAUAUACUAUGAACAUGUUAUGAUGAAACCAACCAAAAUUCAAGAAAGUCAGUAUACUUAUGAAUAUCCAAGACACUGGGUAGAGUAUGUAGGAGGUGAGAAAGCUAUUGAAAUCAGACAGGUUCGAAGUAUUCCAGCAGGAAGAACAAUAUUAUUGAAGAACUUUAAUGUUUUGAGAUAUAAUGAUGAAACAAAGAAGCAAGAUAGUUUCCCUGUUGCUGUGUAUGUGAACUUAGAUACAGGAGAUGACAUGAAAGUUUUUAAUACAAAGCUUCAAACGGUAGUGAGAGAACAACUGACUGCGGAAGGGCAUCCAUUACCUUCAGAAGUUACCAUAGCAUAUAAUUUUGAAACAAACUCAAUAGAUUUUAAAGUCAUCUCUGCAAAGAAGUCAGGUUUUACAUUUAAUGAAGCAGAU